AUGUCGAUCCGCAGCAAUGAGUUAUCGCAUCCCUUGUCGCUCCAUGACUCUCUGGCUUUGGGAGAAGUUGAACUGGGCUUGAUGGCUCAGAAGCAUGAACAGUCGGAAAUGGAAGAGAUGGAACGACUGCCCGUACUCUUACGACUCUUAUCUUCGUCCAGGCCCUUGUCGUCCGUGCCGGAAUUUCCUAAAAAGGGAAAAGAUCCCGAGGGCUUGUCGCCCACGAGCGCCGCACUCAUUGAUGAAGUGGCCAAUCAAGUAGUGGCACGGUUGGAAGACGUUGCCGCCACUUAUUCAGUUGCUGAGGGUGUCGAUGUUGUGGCUUGCCAUUUGGCACCGUCCAUCUGCAAAAAUCUGUCCAAGCUGUCGCCACUCAAACGAAAACGUUCUAGCGUCGUCUCCUCUGAUGCAGCAAACCUUGGCAGCAGCGCUGGCAGCAGUAACAGUGCAGCAAAAAAUACCGGUUGGGAAACCAGUGAAUUGGCAGUCGUUGGCGCUAAUCCUCGAUCCAGUUUCAAACGACGAAGAGUGUCCCAACAGUCUCCAACGACAUCGCAGCAAUCAAAACAUUCUGAUGGCUUGCAUGAAGGGGCUGCUUCCGAAGGAGUUUCAUCCGAUGAGGAAAAUGCCAAUCCCUCGUCCUCGGCUUUGCCUCAGUCCAAAAGACGAUCUUCUCGUCGAAGCUCCGAUUCUCGUGAAGCCGGCAAACAAGAUCUUCAAGAAGAAGUGGUGGCCAAAACAUUGUCAGAUUUAUCUGCGCUUGUAGUGGCUUCCCUAGAACCAGUCAAACCAGAAUCGGACAUGGACGGAGGCGACACCCAAAGGGGCAAGCUCUCGUUGAAGUUGGAAGAUUCGGCAUUGUCAGAGCCUGCUCGAAGCCAUGUGGCUGCGGGCAACGUAGGCGUUAUGGCGGGAAGUGAUCUCGGAUCGACAGUGGUUUCAUUAUGUCAUUUUGCACCCGUCUUCAGGCAGCAGCAUGUAGCUAAUGCGUUGUGCCGAGCCACCAUCCCUCAAACUGCUGGCCUGGUCAAGAGAAUGGGGGCCAACUGCCCAGCUGGGGUGCCGACUCUGCUACGAGGGUGUAUCGAAGCUUGGAAGAGUGCCACGGUCAUGGGAUCGCGGUAUGCGAGCAUUGCGAAAAUGGCAAAAUCAGCAGUCAAAUCACUUGCGUCUCUUUCCGACAGAGAAGCUAGUAGGAUCAGGACUGUCCUUCAGCAAGAAUCGGUCAUGGUGGACCUGCAGCUACAACUCGCUAUCAAGCAAGACCCUACGGUGGCAAUCUGUUUACUGAUUCAGCAUCUAUCAUACCCAUCAUCUGCAAAGCCCGGAGAAAAACAAAACGGGCCCGAGCCACUCGUGAAGACACCGUCCUACAGUGCAAGUGGCAUCCAAAAUUCCUCGACGCAAGCAACCGAUCCAUGUCUUCUUACGCAUCUCCAGGCAACGCCGACACUGCUGGUCGAUACUCUGAAUUUCUUGAAAAAGGAGUUGACCUCAAUCAUCAAAAUUGAUUCCCUUUCUCACGAAUCAGGGAGACUUUGCCUCCUCUUUCGGUGCUACACGUGGUUGGUGUUGCAGUGUGACUUGACGACAGUACUGACCUCGGAAGCAUGUGGAAUGAAACCGCUAGAGCUUUUUCUCACUGUCGUGAUGGAGGUUGUCAACAAAUCGCAGAAAGGGCCCACUGGGAGUUGGGAGACGGUACUCUUGGGCCUCAUCUUUAGCUCGAGCAUGCUGACGCUGGGGAGGUUGCUUGCCUUCGAACAGGUAGAGCCAUCCAUUCUGAAAGUUUGCCAAAGCUGCCUCGAGGCAUCUUUUGACCGCAGAGGGAGUGCUGCCAGCGAGCGCGUCUCCGCGUCAUUUCAACGCAAUGACGUCGAAGAGCUUCUUGGCCUCGUUAAUGAUUAUCUGGAGCCUGGGCUGCGUGCGGAACAGCUGAUGAUCGAAACUCCCGACAAUCUGCUGCAAGAAGGACUCCUGAAAGUCUGCGAGUGGGCUCAGGGUGUUGAAUCCUUGGGAUCUUCUGUGAAAGCGGACCCGUCCUCCUGUCCACUGACUGAAGUAUCGACAUUACUUGACAGAGCGCUAAAGGACUCCGCAAAGGAAGCGGUGGGUCUCGAUACGAAACAGCCAGUCUCUGAGAGCGCAACUGAAGAUGCUGCUGAUUCUGGGAAUGCCGUUGAAGAUGGUGCGGAUGGAAAUACUGAGAAGGCCAAUACUACUGAGAAACACGCAGAGACAACGGAAACCAUCAAGAUAUGCUUGACCCGGAUCCUAUCUGAGGAGCGCUCCGACGGAACAGGGCUCUAUGAUGAAAUGAUACCAGAGCUCAUUAUCAAGGCGACAUCGUACCUCGAGCGCAAUUCUGCAUUGAAGCUGCCAUUAGUUUCCCCGCUGCAACUCGAAAUCAAUGCGGGCAAGGCUAAGCUGACGCCUGGCUGUCCAGUGGACGAAGCCUUCUUGUACCAAGUCUUGUAUUGGUUUGCUUACAUCGAUUCAGCAUCCAGCUCCUUUGUCCGAUUUGAUGUGCGUGUAUUGCCGCUGAAAGAAGUGCUCACCUACUGCCAGUGGCUCUCGGGGGAGUCUGUUUGGGCCAGGCCUCUUCAGAUUCAAAUAGAAUGCAACAUAUGGAAGCGUUGCCCAGAAGUCCAAAUCCAACGCAAACGCUGGGAGGUGACUAGUCAAGUGAGAUGCAACAAUCGUCGAUUGGAGGGUCGAAAAGCACUUCUAGGAGGUUUAUCUGAGUCGCUCAAGGCUUCAUUGACAAACGACAAUCAGGCUUGGGCCGCCGCCGCCGAGGCAAACUUCUUGCUAGCACGAGCAAAUCUGAGAGAUUCGGAUGUUUUCCCUUGCGUAGCGAGCACGCUGCUUGCUACUCCCAACUCACCUCCUCCGUUCUGCACCUAUGCAAUGUUGUGUCAUGACCCGCUGGUGUUUUUGAAAUCGCCAAUGCGCGUGUGGCAGACUGUUGGUUUGCGAAGAAUUCUGCUGACAAUAUUGAGUUCUUUGCUGGAGACAAACGAAGCCAUUCUUUUUGAGGAAUCUCCCAGCGCAAGCUCUGCAGAAGAAGUGAUAUCCUCCCGCAAUCUUAUUGCAGUACGAUGCGUGUUGGCAGUUGUGAGUGGGAGCGAUAGCAACCCAGAGCAUACCGCACAUGCUUGCUCCAUGACGACGCAUUUCAUUCGAAAGCUGAUGGCAAAAGGUGGUGGCCUUGUGGGGAUGCUCGUGAAGCAAGGCCCUGGUCUACCGGAUAGUGUCAUUGAUUGGGUCGUCGAGUUUGUGCCCGAAACGAUGGCGGAUUCCAAAUCUCUUGUAAACGUCUUUGAACGUGGGUCUUCCGUAACGACACGCUUGAGUGCAUCUGCUGCGAUAAUCCGCUUCGCGAUUGCCCACGGACACCAGCAAGAAGAUGUGACAGACAAACUUGUGUACGCGGCUCUGACACAACUGGUUUCGUCAUUCUUCCUCGUUGUGGGUCCAGUUGGUGUUCCCGUCAACGUGCUCGUGGGGGAAGAUUCUGGCGUUGAUGUGGCUCAGCUAAGGAGUUCGACGUUUCGUGUGCUUAAGUCGCUUCUUGGUGUGAGAGGGAGGAUGCGACCAGCACUGAGGACAGAGUGUGGACUAGCCCUCAAUAAAUUGGCCGGCCUUUGCAAAGGUGAGAAUCUGCUGAGUGGUCUUUCAGGGGCUGUGGUAUCGCGUCGGAAGGCCUUGCUAAGGGAUAUGUACGAUCAUGUCGCGAAAGCGGCUAACUCCAUGGCGGUUACUGACGGAGUGUCGUCAAACUUAGCCUAA